UGUGGUUGUGCCACUGCACUCCAGCCUGGGUGAGAGAAUGAGACUCUGUCUCAAAACCGACCAACCAACCAACCAAGCAGAAACAUUCCGUUAACCAUCUCUGUUCCUUGUUAUCCCCAACUCUUUCUGUGAAUUAUGUGACCUCAAGGGCAAAUAACACAAGUGUUUCCCACUUAGUGUCAGUAAUCUGUUCUUGGAAAUCAUAAAUUCUGUAGGAAAAUAAUAGCAUAUUUUACAUAUUUAAAGAGGGAAGAUUAGACCAUGUCUCACUUCUGUUCCAAACCAGUGUCUUAAAAUGUAAGUAAAAUACAGUACAAUGCUUACUUAUAAGAGAUCCUUUUUGUGUAUUAUGUUUUUUUAAAGUCAACAUGACAUUUUUAUGAUGUGAAGAACCUUAAAACACAAUUUACUAAUAUGCAAAGAGUUGCUUUUUGCGAUUCACAUGGUCUCUUAGCACCAGCAGUCUCACUGAUAUCCAUCAGGUUGGCAUUGUGAUUUGCAAAACUUCGACAUAAGGUUGUGAUGUUCUAGUGAUUGUACUUGACAAGUAAUUUCACAUUAUCUCCUUCACAUGAUUUUCUUAAAAACAUUGAGUUCUGGUGGCUUAGGUGUAUCAGUUACUAUUUUCUGUCGAAGAACCAACGAAACUCACUGGCUUAAAAAGAAGUGACCGUUUUAUUUGAUAGAAGUUCUGUUGAUUCACAUUUUGGCGUGUGUUCACCUGGGCAUUUCCUUUGCUAAUGUUGUCUGGAUCACAGAUGAGGCUUUAGUCAUCUGGUGCCUUCACUCACAUGUCUGAUGGUUCAUGCUGACCCUUGUCCGAGAAGGCAAGCACCAGUGGGCAAGUACUUUUCCAGCCUAUAUUUUCAUCAUAUUUUCUAUGUCCCAUUGGCAAAAGCAAGUCAAAUGGCAGAGCCCUGUUCAUUAUCAGAGCGUACUCUAUGAGGUCUGAGAUACAGGGAGACAUGUCAUUAGGAAACAUUACUAAAACAGUAUAUCCCAAGAAAUAUACAAUAUGUACAUUUUCCCCCCUAUAUAAUUGUGGGCAAAAAAUGUUGGGUUGCAAGAUGCAUCCUUUCAAUGAUGCGUAGGUAUAUAAAAGAUGCAUCCUUUCAAUGAUGCGUAGGUAUAUAAAAGAUGCAUCCUUUCAAUGAUGCAAAGGUAUAAAAGCAAGAUGUGUUCUAGUGGAAACACCUAUAUGGAAUCGUGUAGAAUCUCCAUAUUAGUAGUGAAAUAGUUAAUGUGGCUGAAUUAUAUUUCUACAAUAUUAAUUUCAUUGAAGACUAAGUGUAUAUUUCUUUGGUUUAAAUUAUUACAUUGUUUCUUUGGGCAAAUUAAUUGUUCCUAAAUCAGUAGGUAAUACAUGUUUUCAUUAAUCCAAAAAUAAAUUGUAUGUAUCUCUACUAGUUAAUGUACUUGUGAGUACAUCUUCAGUAGGAUAUUUGUUGUCCCUUAUUGAGGCAUGAAUGACUGUUCUGUCACAGGGAGGUUUUGUUGUUGUUUUAGUCUUUUCCAGCUAUUGUGUAGAGCAUUUUGGGCAGGAGAAUCUAGGACCAAGCCACACCAGUUCUCUCCUUAACCCACUCCAUUCGACUGUUCUCCCAGCUAUGCUUCCAGAGUGCUCUGUGCGUUUCCACAAUCAACAAACAGUGAAUAAAUCUCUGGUGAGUUAUUUGUUUAUAUAUUCCUCACUUUGUUUUACAUUGCAUUUUUUACCUUUAUGGAGUCCAUGGAUUAAAAUGAAAAAAAUAGAAAUAAGUAAAAUUCAGGUUAAAGGAAAUGCACAUAAAUAAAAGAAUGCUGGCUUGUAGACAUAUGCAGGUUGUAAGCCAUGGAACGUGAGUACAGAUAUGUCUCUGGUCUUUCUGAUGCUGCAACAACAAGGCAGUCACAUUUGUUAUGUGAUUGGAAUGGAACCUGGAAAGUACGCGCUACAUUCUCAUGGGACGGGAAGACUUGCUGUCACUAAAGUCUGGAACAUUGACUGCAUUGGUCACAGAGAUGAUGUAGUGAAAAGUUUUUUUACUACCAACCUGGAAAUAAACACUAUUAGCAUUUUGCAGUAGAAAUAGUCACUUAGUGCUAAAGCACAACUCCCGUAAUGAGGUUUUUCUGGAGUUGCUGAAACAGUGUGAUCUCAGACAGCUUUUGGAAGGCCCUACUUGAUUCAUGGCUAAAACCUAGAACAUCUGGAGGAUUGAGUUGACCACAGGUCCUUAACUAACCCCCCAUAUGUUUCUGUCAAUUCAUCUGUACAUGGAGAAUUUGUAGCAGAUUGUUCACAGUUGUAUUUUCUGACAAAUAUUUCCACUGCUCACUUGCGCUUUCAUUCAGUGUAGUCUUAAUUUGUUUAUUCUGAUGCUCACCAUUAACCUAAAUUAUAUGCAAAUCCAUUGGCUAUUCUCUAGUCUGCCUUACUUGAAUCUUGUGCCAUACAGUUAUCCCCCUUAUCCACAGUUUUGCUCUCUGUGGUUUCAGUUACCCAUAGUCAACUGCAGACAGAAAAGACAAUAAGAUAUUUUGAAUAUCUUGAGUAUUUUGAUAUUUUGAAUAUGUUGAAUACAGUAGAAUAAGAUAUUUUGAGAGACCACAUUCCUAUAAGUUUUAGUAUAGUAUAUUGUUAUAAUUGUUCCAUUUUUUUAUUGUUAGUAUCAUACUGUGCCUAAUUUAUAAAUUAAACUGUCAAGGGUAUGUAUCUAUAGGAAAAACCAUAGUGUAUAUAAGGUUUGGUACUAUACAGUUUCAGGGAUCUGCUAGGGGACCUGCAGUGUAUCCCCCGUGAAUAAGGGGGGACUCCUGCAUUUCAAAUUAUCGUUCAUGAUUUUUCUCCUGGAAAUUCUUCUGUGUUAGUUUCUAUCAUGACCUCACUGAUGCUGCUUGUCUUUUUUUCCCUGAAUUAUUCUCCUUCUCCUUUACAUAGCUUGUCCAAUUGUUUGAUCCAAUUCCCCAUCCAUCCCACUGUGCAGUUCUUUUGUUGUUGUUGUUUGUUUGUUUUUUUACCAGUUCUGCUCUCUGGUGUAGCAGUUGUGUUUCUCUCCAGCUUGGACUUCUCCAGCCUUUAGACCAGGGAUCCCCAUCCCCAGGCCAUGAACUAGUACCAGUCUGUGACCUGUGAGGAACUGGGCUGCACAGCAGCCUGGGAUCAUUCAGCUAGACAUGGUGCUGUGUGCAGUUCCGUUAAUAUGGUAUGUGUUCUUUGUGUCCUUAUGACUAGACCCCAGUGUUGCCUCAAAGUCACGAGAACACAGGGUUCACAUGAAGUACUAAGCAUCUUUGGUUUUUCAAUGAAGUGCAACUUUCUAAUGCAAUAUAGAACUGUAUUUUCUCCUUUCUUACUGCAGUCGACAUUAAACUUAUGUCUCUACUAAUUCAUCUAUCAUGUUGUUCUAGGUAUGUGUUUAUAAUUUUUGUCAUCAUACCAGAUCACAGAAUUUUUUUCUACUUUUAUCUUUCACAAUAAGGAUGAUUCUACAUCUACAAGGUAAACUUUGUAAUCUAUUUUAUUAACAAAACAUGAUAGUGGCAGGAUACUUCUACUAUGCUUGUUCUUUCUCCAUAUAGAGUACAGAGAAGCUACAGUUUAUGUAAGAUACACAUAAGAGAUAUGCCGCUACAGAAGAAUGAACUCUGACAUUCCUAUCUUGUGACCCUGGGCUGAUGAGGAGAAAUGUGCCAUUACAGGGGUUGGUGUCCUUUGAGGAGGUGGCCGUGCACUUCACUUGGGAGGAGUGGCAGGACCUGGAUGAUGCACAGAGGACACUAUACAGGGACGUGAUGCUGGAGACCUACAGCAGCCUGGUGUCACUGGGCCAUUGCAUUACCAAACCUGAGGUGAUCUUCAAGUUGGAGCAAGGAGCAGAGCCAUGGUUAGGAGAAGAAUGGGCAAACCAGUGCCUCUCAGGUGUCCAGACAGUUGAUAUAAUUGAAAGACGCCAGGAAAUUUGUCAUAGAUGUAUAUGGCAAGUUGCAGUCACCAACAGCAAAACAUCAACCAAGGAAACAGUUGAAUUAGGAAAAAUACUUAAUUUGAGCUUAAACCAUAUUCCAGAUGUGAUGGUAAAUAAUGCACACUAUUCAGGAAUGAGGCCUGAGGAGUUAAAUGUAAGUCAGAACAUACAUAUUUCGAUUGAGCCUCAUGAAAUGCAGGCAGGAGGAAAACCUGAUGCUCGAAGUAUAACUGGGAAAUCUCUCACGUGUCAUGAGUAUUUUAGUCACCAUAACAAGAUUCAUAUGGAGCAGCAGCUUUUUGAGUAUAGUAGACAAGGAAAAGCCUUCAGCACUGAGGCAGAGAAGGGUCACGGUGGAAAGACUGCAUGUACCUAUAGUGAGCGUGGGAAAUCCUGUGAUAAGUCAGCACUCACUUGCCGGAAGAUAAAUGUCGAAUGUUGUGUAUGUGGGAAAGUGUUCUGUAAAAAGUCUAAGCUCACCAAACAUCAGAAAAUACACACAGGGGAGAAACCCUAUAAAUGUGUACUAUGUGAGAAAUCCUUCAUUAAGAAAUCAUACCUUGCAAAUCAUCAGAGAACACAUACACGGGAGAAACCCUUUGCAUGUACCAAAUGUGAGAAAUCCUUCUGUCAGAAGUCAAACCUAAUUGUUCAUCAGAGAAUCCACACAGGGGAAAAGCCCUAUGAAUGUCAUGAAUGUGGGGAAACCUUCUGCCAAACGUCAGCCAUUGUUUAUCAUCACAGAAUACACACAGGAGAGAAACCCUAUGAAUGUAUGGAAUGUGGGAAAACCUUCUACCAGAGGUCAGCCCUCAAUGUACAUCAGAGAAUUCACACAGGAGAGAAACCAUAUAGGUGUAAUGAAUGUGGGGAAACCUUUUAUCAGAAGUCAGUCCUCACUGUACAUCAGAGAAUUCACACAGGUGAGAAGCCAUAUGAAUGUAAAGAAUGUAAGAAAGCUUUCUACCAUAAGUCAGCCCUCACGGUACAUCAGAGAACUCACACAGGUGAGAAGCCAUAUGAAUGUAAAGAAUGCAGGAAAACUUUUGCUCAGAAGUCAAAACUUACUGUACAUCAGAGAACUCACACAGGAGAAAAACCCUAUGAAUGUAAUGAAUGUGGAAAAACAUUUUGCCUGAAUUCAGUUCUCAUUAUACAUCAGAGAACUCACACAGGUGAGAAACCAUAUGAAUGUAACAAAUGUGGAAAAACCUUUAGCCAGAAGUCAAACCUCAGGAUGCAUCAGGGUACUCACACAGGUGAAAAACCCUAUGAGUGUAGUGAAUGUGGGAAAACCUUCUACCAGAAGGCAGUUCUCACUAAACAUCAGAGGACUCACACAGGGGAAAAACCCUAUGAGUGUAAUGAAUGUGGGAGAACUUUUAGCCAGAAGUCAAACCUGAGGAUGCAUCAGAGUACUCACGCAGGGGAGAAACCCUAUGAAUGUAAUGAAUGUGGAAAAUCCUUCUACCAGAAGUCAGUGCUCACCACACAUCAGAGAACUCACACAGGAGAAAAACCCUUCAAGUGUAACGAAUGUGGAAAAACCUUUCGUCAGAGGGCGAACUACAGCAGGCAUCAGAAAACUCACACAGGACAGAAGCCUUAUAAAUGUAAUGGAUGUAGGGAAACCUUCUUCCAGAAGUCAGCCCUCACUGUACAUGAAAGAAUUCACAUGGGGAAGAAAUCCCAUGAAUGUAAGGAAUGUGGGAAAACGUUCUACCAGAAGUCAUCCCUCAUGAUACAUGAAAGAAUUCACACAGGGGAGAAGCCGUAUGAAUGCAAAGAAUGUGGGAAAAGCUUUUGCCAGAAGUCAGCUCUCAAUAGACAUCAGAGAAUUCACACACAUGAGAAACCAUAUGAAUGCAAAGAAUGUAGGAAAGCUUUCUACCAGAAGUCAGCCCUCACUGUACAUUACAGAACUCACUCAGGUGAAGAGCCCUGUUAACAUACUGAAGGUGUGAAAAGCCUUAGUAGCAAAUGAAAUCCUACAGCAUAUCAGUGGAUGCAUACAGGAAAUAAACCCUGUGCAGGUAACCAGUGUGAGAAAUCCUUGAACCACAAGUCAAGCCUUAAUACCCAUCAGAGAAGUCACACAGGGAAAGCCCUGUGGCUGUAUGAGUGUUGGAAACACCUUUUAGCAGAAGUCAGACCUCAGGAGGCAUCAAGAAAUUCUUACAAGGGAGAAAGCCUAAGAGUGUAAUGAAUGUGGGCUGGGCGCGGUGGCUCACACCUCUAAUCCCAGCAUUUUGGGAGGCCGAGGAGGGCAGGGAGGCGGAGGAG